GACAAGAAUGAAAAGAUGCAAUUAAUUUUGCUAGUGGGAAGGAAAAAGUCAAAAGAAGGCAUUAAUUAGGGUUUCACUCUCCUUUUAUCUUAUUCAAUAAUUCAAUCAGCCAUUAAAAUAAGAGACAAAGAAACUACAGAGAAACUCCCCUCCCCAUUUACACAAACUCCAGCAACCCUACAGCUCUCUUCUUUCCUCUUUUCACACUGCACUUUCCUCCAUCAAGAUUCCCUCUGCUCUGCGUCAACACCGAAGUAAAGAGUGAUCUUUACAGGACAGAGUGAUACUUAUAGAAGAUAAAAUAUUAAAACUUUAGAGUUUUCUGAUACAGGGCGCAUGCCAGUUUCCGGGAAGGAAGAGCUCAGAAUGCAGUCUAGUAGCUCAUUGACAGGUAUCCCUAUAAAGAAGAGAAGGUUCCCCUUUGUUUUGCCUUCAUCUUCUCCACCUGAAGAGCCAACUUCUUUUCAUGAUGAAAGCAAUUUAAAGAAUGGAGAAUCUGGUUCUACCCAGAGAUCAUCUUUCAACCCUAUUGAUACUGCUGGGAGUGCCAGUAAAUCUGAUGCCAUCAAGAAUCCUCUUUUGGAGGUGAAACAAGAAAAGCCAGGUGGUGCACAUGUUAGCUUUGGUCAACCAGUCAUGGAUUCAUCUGGAUCCAAACUAGCUGACGCAGAUAAGACCUCUGUUCAAUCCACUGAGGAGCCUCCUGGAUCCAAACCUGCUGAAGCUGAUAAUACCUCUAUUCAAUUUACUAAAGAACCUUUUGGAUCCAAAGUUACUGAAGCUGAUGUCUCUGCUGCACAAUCUUUUGAGGAACCCUCUGGAUCCAAAGCUACUGAAACAAAUGCUUCAUCCCUUCAUUAUGUGGAGGGACCUUCUGGAUCUAAACCUACUGAAAUGGAUGUUACGGCUGCUCAACCUAAUGUGGAACCUUCUGGAUCCAAACCUGCUGAUACAAAUGUUUCGUCUGUCCAUAAUAUGGAGGAACCUUCUGGAUCCAAGCCUGCUGAAAAGAAUUUUUCAUUUGUCCAAUCUGCUAAGGAUCCUUUUAGAUCCAAGUCUGAGGAAACAAAUGUUGCGUCUGUCCAACCUAGUAGGGAACCUUGUGGGAUGCAACUGUCUGAGGCAAACAUUACUUCUGCCCAAACUAAUGAGGAAUCUUUGGAAUCCAAAGUUCAGGUCACUAACACGAAGAUUUGCUCAGGUUCUACCAAUAGUGCGGAUAAUUGUGUUAAGGGAGCUUUGACUGAAAGCAGCCUUGAAGUUGCAGAAAACAUUUCAGUUAAUGUCAAGAUGGAAAACAUUGGCAAACAAGCAGAAGGCAGCAUUAAAUUUCAAUCUUUUGCACAUUCAGGAAACACUGAAUUGUCUUUAGGACUACAAAGACAAAACCUUCCUUUGGGAGUGCAAAACAGAGGAGGUUCUGAGAUGCCUAAUAAUUUGGAUCCAUCAUUGUUAUCUCUUUCUUUAAACAAAGAAAAAGCCAUCGAUUCUCAAAUUGGAAGAUCAAACAGUAGGUCCAAUGAUGAUAGUCCUGAUACCGAUACUAAUAGAUCAAACUGGGAUUUGAACACUACUAUGGAUGCAUGGGAAGGUUCUGGUAAUGGCUUUCAAGAUACAGAUAAUAUUGAUGCUCUAAGCAAAAUCAGUACUAGACAUGACCUAAAACCUAGUUUAAGCUCCUUUAGUAUGCUUGGUGCUUGCAAUGAUAAAGGGAAGCAAAUUUUUGGAGUUUCUGAGCAGAUAUCUAGUAUACAAUCUAGCCAGUCAGAGGAUUCACUUUUCCUUAGUCUUGGUAAUGGUUUGGACUUCAGUAAGAGGCAUUUUGGUUCAAUGACCAAGGCAGACUCAAUUCCACAUACUAGUGUUCCUAGAACCAUUACAAACAUGAAUUCUAUUGGAUGUGGAACUGUAAAGGUAGAACCUAUUGAUGAAAGCUCAAAACAGGAUUAUGCUGGAUCUAGCAAUAAUGCUGCCAAAGCACUGGAUGGUAAUUCUUUGAAAAUGGAGCAUGUUGAGAGGGGAAACAUGGAACCUGUUGAAUUCCCAAUCAAGUGUGCAGAAAAGCUAAUUGAGAAAAAAUCUAUAAAAUCUGAACCCUUACAGGAAACUAAUCAAGAAAGUUGCAGGAUGUCCAGCAUGACAUUGCACCAAUCUAUUGGAAAUGUUGUACCAUCAAAAGAGAGUUCUUCUACUUUGCCAGUGCCAUUGACCCCUGAAAAGCUGUUGAGUACAAGAAUGGCUACCUUUUCAGAGUUGUCUGUCAGCGGGGAGUUAUCAAAUCAAUCUGAACAUUCUGUUCAUACUAAAGAAGUAUAUGCAAUGAAUGCAGGUAUAGCUAUUCAAAAUGAAAAUUCUGCUCUAAAAGGUUUGAAUGCAUCUUGUUCUAAGGUAGAUGCUUGUGAGUCGGAGGGUGUGAAAAUUGACAGUUUGGAAAUGUCACAGUUGAAGCAAGUUAAUGAACACCAUCAGGCUUUGGUUGCAAGUUGUGAGGGAUCUGUGAGUGGUGAGCAAGAUAUGAAUAUAUCAGUUGAUAUGGAAGAAGAACAACUGUAUGGAUCUGAUUAUGAAUCAGAUGGCAAUCAUGCUUGUACUGUACAUACUGAUGUGGAAGGUAGGCCCUGUGGCAAGGAAGAUGAUGAUUAUGAAGAUGGUGAGGUGCGGGAGCCAAUAUUGCAGUCAACAGAAGAAAAUACAAUUGCUUUGGGAACUGAUUCAAAAAAAAUUAUUGAUUCUGACAUUCAUGCUAUGGCUGCUUCAACUGAUGAUAACAAUGUCCAAUCUGGUUGUGAUGAAAAAGAUGAAACUGCCAUGAUUUAUCAUGAGGCAAUUAAUGAUUGUUCAAAAGAGUGUGGCGGCGGCACAGUUUGUGAUAAGAUAGUUGAUCAAGUUUUGGGAAAAGAUGGUUCUUUGUCAACCUCAAUAUCAGAAAAUGUGCCAGCAACAUGCUCUUAUGACUCUAUGCCUGUAAAUGCUACCCAACAGAUACAUUUUGAUCAAGCAGGAGCAAAAGAUAGGCAAGAGGAAAAUAUAGAGGGUGUUUUAUGUGAUGGAGCAUUAGAUGCAAGCAAUGAUAUGAGAGUAACUGUUACCAAGAUCUCUGUUGAGGAUGCCAAUGGAACUAACGACGCAGAAAAGUUAAACUCCAGUUUGGCCAAUGCUGAAACACCUCUAAAUGGUAAUAGUGCUAAAGAUUCUAGUGCAAUUAAGAGCCGGAUUAUCAAUUUGCCUCGGACUUCUAAUUCCACUUCCCCUAGUAAAGCCAGAUCUAUCAUGGGUAGACCUUUGUCAUCACGAAGUGGAAGGGAAAGAUAUUUUGAUGCUCAGGAUGAGAGAUUACAUCUUAGUGGGAAUAGAGGUGAAAUGUACACUGAUGGUUCAAACAAAUAUGCCAGAGAGAGAAUUCGAGAUCGUCCUUAUGAAAGCUCCAGGGUAAGUUUCAUGCGUGGAAGAGGACGGGUUUCGGCCCGGUUUGGUAGAUCACACCGUGACUGGGAUUCUGAGCGUGAUUUUAGCUUUACUCGGCGGGAUGAUUACUGUUUUCCUAGACAUAAGCGUGCUGCUGCCAUUGAUGAUGCUGAAGUUGAACGGAAUGACUUUGAUAUUGCACCAAAUGGAGCUGUUAUGGGUCCAAGUAGAGGAAGGAAACACUUGAAUGGUGAGUCACCUUCUUUUCGGCAUUCUUCAUCAAGGAGGCUUUCUCCUGUUGACAGGGGUGGUCAUGCAACCAUGGGCAUUCAAAUACUUGGUAGGAUGCCCAGAAAUAGUAGUCCGAGUAGAUGUACUGAUGAAGAUGGUUCAGAGUUUGUUGGACUUAGGCACGGUGAGAGGUUUGUGAGGGAUUUGCCAACUGAUAUUAUUGAUCCUGUAUAUAGAUCAGAUGGGCAAUUUGUCCGUGGUAAAAAAAUUUUCCCCCCCAUUCAAAGGAGAGAUUUUUCUCGAAUGCGAUCCAAAUCUCCUGAUGGAUCUCAAAGACAUUCCCCUGGCCCUUGGACUUCUCAUAGAAGAGCUAUGGAAGGACUUGAUGAUCUUUCUGAAUUGCCGCAGCGUAGAUCUCCAGCUAUGUAUCGUGUAGAUAGGAUGAGGUCUCCUGAAUGUGAUUAUUUUUCUGAAGAAAUAGUUCCUAGAAGGCGUGGCUCUCCAUCCUAUGUGGCUCGUUCUUCUAACAACAUGAGGGAUGUGGACACUAUGCAGGAACAUGGGCACCCAAAUUCCUUAUCCAAUAGAAGUCCUAAUCGUCUCUUUGCUAGAAACACUAGGAGAGCUGAUGGUGUAAAUCGCCGAGAGAGGGUGGAUGAUGAUGAGUACUUUAGUGGGCCAAUAAAUUCCAGUAGAUUGCAUGAGCUUCGGGGGGAUGGAGGUUCCGAUGAGAGAAGAAAGUAUACUGAGAGACGGAGUGUUCGUUCUUUCCGACCUCCUUAUAGCAAUGAUACUGAAAAUUUCCGUUUCCAUCCUGAUGAUGGACCUAGGAAUUUUGGGUGCUCUCCAGAGGAAGAUGCGGAGUUCAUGGAAAGAACCAAUACAAGGGAAAGGGAAUUUGAUGCACGUAUAAAAACUGGACCUGGGAUUGCACCUAGGAGAAUGAGAAACAUUGAAGAGCAAGAAGGAAACUAUCGACCACAAAUUUGGCAUGGCGAUGGGGGGUUUAAUGAUGCCUCUAGAUUGAAAAGAAGAAGAUUUUGACUUGUUGCCCCAUGAUGUUUUUCUAGAUACUACAUUGGCUCAAUGGCAGGGGAUUUUUAUUGGACCUGAGAUGAAUGUCAAAGCAUUAAUGAGAGCAAGAUGGGACCUUUUUCACAUAGUGAGCAGCAAAGGCACACAAUGAUUCAUGUUUCUUUUUGAUUUCAUGCAGUUCAAAACUCAUGGUCUUAUAAACUUUUUUCGUGGGUAAAUAUUUUGAGCUGCAUGUGACUAGAUUUCACCUUUAGACUUCACCUGAAAGCUCCCUCGAGGCUAUGAUUUGCCCGGUCCAACAGGGAGGGAGGUAGCACUCAACUAGAAUUCAGGUUCAAUGUUGUCUCCAUAAUGAGGAGAAAAAUGCUAGCUUGUUUCUCCAUGAUGUUUCCAGGUUUGUGGAAUCUUUGACUGAACCUGUAUGAAUAAGAAGCUUUUCAUUGGGGGCAAGAUGGGGGAGAUACUGGCAUAACAAAGCAGCAUUGGCAGUACCCAUGUGUGAACAUUUGUUUUUCAUUAGUCUUCUUGUGGGUAAAUAUUCUGAUGAGCACAUCACCUUAGCCGGCCGGCCUAACGGCGGGGAGCUCUGCAUCAGCUUAGUGUUAUGUUGGGGUUCAUGAUUAUAUCCAGAUUGAAAUGGAAGAUGAUUGAUUUGCUGCUAUAUAUGUGAAACCUGAUGUUGAAUCUCUUCAUUGAGAACAAACUAAAACUCUGACCUGCACUUCUUUGCUGUGACCUUUUUGAGCUGUGAAUGAGGUCUCAUAAGCUUGAGCCUAAGGUGGCCAAGGUCCAGUUUCAAUAAACAAAACAAAACAUUAAACAAACAUUUAUUAAUUAUGUGUUUGGUAAUUGACCUUAA